AUGUUAGUCACUACCAGAGGACUAAUCUCCAACGGGGGAUUUUCCACCCCCCAGCGGCAUGAACUUCGCCAGGGCGCGAAACCGCUGUCCAUCCGCCUGGCGCCGGAGAACUUCACGGCGCAGGGCAGUGUGUGGUGCUAUCUGCUGGAAGAUUCCUUCAUCCAGUGCCGGGGGGUGGUGAUCGGCACCUGUCCGAAGACCCACGACCCCGAGAACGGCAGGAACAUCCAGAUCUGCCGUUUACCGGUGGAGGCGCGGCCCCGGCGCGGCCUGCAGUUUGCAGCGCUCUCGCGGGAGGCCUACGAUGUGGGCGGCCACGUGACCUACACCUCGAGCCGCGUGACGUUGACCGUGACGCCGGACGGCUGGAUCUGCGGCCACUCCACGCGGGAGAUGCAGGGAGCCAUCGACUCUCGGGGCGACGACGGUCACGUGGGUCACGUGGGUCGUGGUGCCCUGGACUUGUCCGCGAUCCGCUUCUGCAAGACGGGCGGCCUGUCCCUCACAGACGAGGUGACGCUGCACACGGUGGACGUGGGAAGCUCGCGCUUAGUGUGCCUACAAGGGCACCUGCACGAGUGUUUCUUCGGCUCGGACUCCAAGCGGCCGGUGGCCAUCCUCCCGGAGAGCUGCCGGCCCAAGGAGGUCAUGCACUUUGUCACCAGCGGCUCGGGCCCUGGUGGAUUCCAUUUAGUGCAGCUGCGACCGCAGAAAGGCUCGGGCAUCGGCGGCGAUCUGAUGUGGAAGGAUGGGGUUUGGAGCCAUGACCAGGUCCAUCUCACUGGCAUCAUGUACGAAGUCAACGCGGACGCCUUGGAGUUCUCCUUCCUGGAUGCCUCCUGGACGCCUGAAAUCUUGAGGAUCUUCGUGGCAGAGUUUCAGAGGUUUUUGAUCUCCAAGUUCGGCAGCAUCGACGAGGCCUGGGACGAGGCCUUCGAUCUGGACGGCCUCGGAGCGGUGAACUUCACCCAGUUCAGCAUGGGCUGCAAGAAAGCAGGCUACGUGGGCAACGCCACACGGCUUUGGGCUGCCAUCAACCAGGACGGUGGCGCGGAGGUAAGCCUAGAAGAACUGGCCAGGGACUACUUGAAUCCUCCGGCGGAACCGGAGCGAUCUGCGAGAUGA